CGGUGUCUGUAGGCAGCAGCAGCAGCAGCCAUGUCGCUCACCGCCGUACUGAGAGGUCUGACCGUCGCGGUGCUGGUGUCUCUCUGCGCCGGUAACUCGCACACUCGGGUGAAGUUUGAGAACAACGUGUACUCAGACCUGGUCCUCGCCAUCCACCCUGAUGUACCGGAGGACUUGGAUAUCAUCGAGAGGCUGAAGACGAUCGUGACAGACGCGUCCGAGUACCUUCACAUCACGACCCGGCAGCGCGCGUACUUCGGCGGCGUGUCCAUCCUGGUGCCGGAGACGUGGCAAGAUCGCCCCGAGUACGAGUCCGCUACCUGGGAGACGUACGACACCUCCGACGUGCGAGUCGCCGCGCCUAACCCAGAGUUCGACCACAACCCGUACGUCAGGACCUACUCCGGCUGUGGGGAGAAGGGGGAGUACAUGCACCUCACCCCCGCCUAUAUCCUGGACCAGGUGCCUCUGGGCAGUACGGACUACCUCUGGGGACCUGGAGGCCGUGUGUUUAUCCACGAGUGGGGCCAUCUUCGCUACGGUGUGUUUGACGAGUAUGGCAUCCCCUCGGAGGGAUACCCCAACUUCUACUUCAACGAGAAUGGCCGCAUCACCGUCACAGGCUGUAAGGUCAACACGCCCGGCUACAGCCGUAACUACCGGACUAACGGGCGGUGCAGCACGGACCGGGCCACGGGUCUGCCGGACGAGGAGUGCCAGUUCUUCCCGUACCUGGACACGCAGGGCUCCGGACAGGGAUCAGUCAUGUACAUGCAGUUCCUCAACCCGGUGGAUCAUUUCUGUGACGACAGCGAGGGAGAACACGGACAUAACGCGGACGCACCCAACAAGCAGAACCGCGUGUGUGACGGCCGCAGCACCUGGGACGUCAUCACCAGCACCGAGGACUUCAGGGCACCGGACGGUACGGACAUUAACACGGCCCGGGCCGUGUCGUCCACCCAGCCGACCUUCCGUGUGGUGAAGGCCCGCAAGCCGCGAUACGUGCUGGCGUUCGACACAUCCGGCAGUAUGGACUCGGUUGACGACCAGUCCGUCGGCACCCCCCGUCGCUCUCUGCUGUAUCAGACGGUGUACAAGCUGGUGCGUGAGGGGAUCCCUGACGGCUCGCAUGUCGGCAUGGUGAGGUUCCGCGAAAACGCGGUGCGCCUCCAGGAACUGACGGAAAUCGUCACCGAAGAAGACCGAGAGGAGCUGGCGGAAAUCGUGCCGAACCUGGCCUCCGGAGGGACCUGCAUCGGCUGUGGCCUGGUGGAAGCUCUGGAGGUCCUGAGCAUGAAUGGUGCGGACCCCGCCGGAGGCAUAGUGAUCGUCCUUAGCGACGGCGAUGAGAGCGCCAACGUGCACCCGAACCUUACUGAAGCUACUGAGCAGAUGACUGCUGCAGGCAUUACCGUACACAGCGUGACUUACUCCAGCGCUGCCGACCAGAGGAUGGAGGAAGUUGCCGCCAUCACGCACGGAAGGGCGUUCUUCUACUCCGGAGCGGCCAACUCCAACUCCCUGGAGGAGGGACUGAGGGAGGCCGUCAGAGUCCAGAACAGCGCCGCGGCGAGGGCCAGCUCUCUGCAGCUGUACAGUAACGCCGUGAAGAUCGAAGCCGGCGCGACCUUCAACGCCUCUGUCCUGCUGGACUCGACCGUCGGGGAGAACACGGAGUUCAGCUUCGGCUGGACCGCCGACGCCGGCGUGCAGUGGUCGGUCACCAGCCCGAGGGGCACCGUGUACACCAACUCGUCUUCACAGGUGUCCUACAACCACGCUGCCAAGAUUGCCACGGUCAAGCUGGCAGGCAAGGCAGAGGUGGGCAGCUGGCUGAUCCAGGUCCGCAACCACGCCGCCGGCGCCCAGCGGGUCGUCAUCACCGUCAACUCACGCCCGUCCGCUGCCGAGCCCCCGAUCACUGCUAACGCCUGGCUCAGCAACUCAGACCUACAGGUGUGGCCGCCCCGUGCAGUGGUGUAUGCGGAGGUGACACAGGGCCUGUCCCCCAUCAUCGGAGCUCACGUCAUGGCCACCGUGCAGGGUCCGGACGGCCAGCAGAACUCCUACACUCUCCAGCUCAGGGACGACGGAGCAGGAGCUGACCUGACGCGGAAUGACGGCACCUAUUCCGCCUACUUUACCCAGUUCACGGGCACAGGGCGCUACUCCGUCUCCGCUGCCGUCACCAACCCGGACGGGCAGGCGCAGCUCAAGACCAGCAUCGCCGGCUCAGCGGCGCCCUUCAAGGACCCGUCUAAGAUGCCGACGUCCACCACGUCCUACCAGCCCGUGGAGUCGUUCGAGCGGCAGUCGGCAGCAGGAGUGUUCCAGCUGCUGGAUUACAAGCCCGAGGACGGCUUCCCUCCGUCCCGUAUUACCGACCUGGAGGUGGUGAAGGUGUCCUACUCCGACCGGACCGUGCUGCUGCGAUGGACGGCGCCCGGAGACGACUACGACCAAGGACGAGCCUCCCAGUACGACGUGCGGAUGAGCCGUGACACCCGGUCCCUCCGCUCCGGGUUUGACCGCGCUGCGCCCGUGAACGGCUCCAUGCUGGCCAGCGGCAGCCUGACCAACCCGGUCCCGGCCGGCUUCCACGAGUACAUCCAAGUCCUGGUGCCGCUCUCGGACGACAAGACGGUCGUCUUCGCCGUCACUGCUCUUGAUGACAACGGCAACACCGGCGGAACCUCCAACUUCGUGUCGGUGACGUUUGACUACCAGGACAGCUACGGCGAGGGGUCAGAGGUCAGCUCAGGCCCCAGUGCCGCCAUGAUCGGCGCCAUUGUGGGAGGUGUUCUCGGCGCUGCCCUGAUCAUCGGCGUGUCGAUCGUGAUCGCGGUGAAGAUCUCCGGCGGGAAGUCCACCCGGAUCAGGGAGAUCCGUAUCACGCCCAGGGACAACUUCGGCGCCGACGUGGAUCUGCCGCCCUACAGCGGGCCGCAGGGCAAGAUGGACGCCACCGCGCAUGCCUGAACAACAACUCAGCCUGGGAACGAGAACGAGAGCUUUUCCUCAAUCACCACCACAAAUUUUCCCCCGGAACUGAUGACGUCAUUGAAAUAAUUGCACAAUUUGCUGACGUAGUCGUUUUGUGUUGUUGCUUUGAAGAACUGAAGAAAAUUCUCUCCCCACCAGCACCUCGGCAGAACGUACUGCACCUGCGCAAACCCGUAAUGUAUUGUGCAUAGCACUUCCUCAGAACGUCUCAUAUAAGGUCGCAUUUGCGUAUACAUGUAAGGUUAACAUCCCGUCUGUACUUUAAAAAUGUUAUGUCGAAACAGGUAAAAUUCAACGGUGUUUAGCGCAUGCGCAGUACGUUCUGCAGACGUUCUGGAACGAGUCAGAGCUUCUCUUCAAUCAACACAAAUUUCACCCUGAAAUUGAUGACGUCAUUGAGAUGAUUACACAAGUUGCUGACGUAGUCGUUUCUGUUGUUGCUUUGAAGAAAAUUCUCUCGCUACCUCAUGAUUUUAUGAUCAGAAAGGAAGUAUUUUUGUCUCAUAGUGUUUACGGUGUGAUUAUAUAUCUGAGUGUUAGAUGUAUUUUGGUAUUUGAAGUGUGUGUUUUGCUGUGCAAUGAGUUAGCUUAUCUUAUAUCGUAUAAACCUAAAUGUCAUUGUAUAAGUUGCUUGAGAAGAGAAAAGAAAAUUUGUCUUCUAUCAUAUCUUUCAUGUAGCCUCCACUAAGGCCUUCCUAAGGUGUUAUGGAUAUAUAGUAGAACUUGGCCAAGACAGGGUCAAUAAUUGGCUAUGGGAGUGGGCCGCGGUAAAGAUUUAACGUUACACAACAUUCGCCAAUUUUGGGCAAAUGAGACCUCUAUAGUGGCAAAACUCCCUGUCAAGUUUUUUCCCGUUUUGCGAAAUUUUACUAUUCUUCAGCCUGCGUUCUUAGUCUGAUGAGCUCUGAGGACUACCUUUUAUGUUAGACUGUCACUUUGCGCUGAAACAGAUUUUCCUGUUCUUGGAUCAGGCUCAUUUCUGGCAGCACAUCUCCUAAUCUCCAAGUAAAUCCUAGGGUGGCAAAAGACACCCUCGGGUGGCGUAUGGACCCUUUCUGGCGAAUGGAUACUGCCUGGCCAAUUUGAUACUGUCUUUUGCCACGCUAGGAUCUGCUUGAAGAUUACCUAUCUCCAUACUAUACUUCAUAACCUGCAGGAUCAAACUUCUCAAAAGACAGAACUUUCUAGUCGACGAACGGUCUAUAGUAUUGCCAAAAAUGCCCAAAAGUUAUAGUAUUUCUCUAUCUGCAGUGUACGUUUGCAGUGCUUGUGUGCGGUGUAAUGUUGCUCAAAAUAAUACGAUUUAUAAAACCGUAGAACCUGAAUCUGUACGGGUGAAAUGUUCUUCCAUAGUCUUUCAAUAGUGUGUUUUCACUAUUUGACCAUUGACAGUGUUUGGAGAGAUGCUGUAUUGUUUCCUAUAUAUGAUAAUAAAGCUUUUAGUUUUUGCAAAUCAACAA